AGCAGCUUUGGAGUUUGAGAACGGUCUCGCGCGGCGCAGCUCGCUCGCGGGGGCACUUGCUCGGACUGUGCGCGCGAGCUUGAAUGAGAAGAGCAGCUUGGGUUUGAAAGCGUCGCGCGAGACUCGCAAAGCGCGUGUCAAGAGCUACAGAUGUUGUGUUCCACUCUGGAGUGAAACGUCACCUGGUUGUGAAGUGUGUGUUUAAAGAAUUGGAGCCUGGAGAGCCGUCAUGCUAGUCCUCUAAAACAGAGUCGUUACUGUCUCCGUGAAGGUGAGACAACGUGUGCCAGUGGUGCUAGAAGAAGGAGGAGCAGUCACUCUCAGCAGGUUUUUAGCCGAGCGGGGAGAUGAGUGGAGAGAUGAGUGCGGAGGUCAUGUCCCCCACCAGCGUAGGACAGAAGGAGAGAUACUUUGACCGGGUGAACGAGAAUGAUCCGGAGUACCAGCGCGCUCGUAACAUGCCCGCCGACCUGCGCCAAGAUUUCAACAUGAUGGAGCAGAAGAAGAGGGUCACACACAUCCUGCAGAGUCCUGCGUUUAAGGACGAGCUGGAAGGCCUGAUCCAGGAACAGAUGAACAAGGGAAAUAACCCAGCCGGCCUCCUCGCCCUGCGCCAGAUCGCCGACUUCUUCAUGGCCAGCUCCAUCGGAGGAUACCCCACCUCCCCUCUCAGUCUGGGCAUGGUGUCUCCCAUAAACGAUCUUUUCAGCACCGAAUCCGGCUCCAUGGUAAAGGGUGAGAAACAGGCACGAUGUAAACUGGCCAGCCUCUACCGGCUCGUCGAUCUCUUCAGCUGGGCUCACCUCUCCAACGCCUACAUCACCGUUCGUGUCAGUAAGGAGCAGGACCACAUUCUCAUCAUACCCAGAGGGCUGUCAUUCGCCGAGGCUACAGCUUCUAAUUUGGUGAAGGUGAACAUCCUGGGCGAUGUGGUGGAUCAGGGCUCCACUAACCUGCGCGUCGACAUGGCCGGCUUCAGCCCGCACGCCGCCAUCUACUCCAUGAGACCGGACGCACGCUGCCUCAUCCACUUACACACCCCGGCCGCAGCAGCCGUGUCGUCGAUGAAGUGCGGCCUGCUGCCCAUCUCUCAGGAGGCGCUGAUCCUCGGAGACGUGGCCUACUACAACUACCACGGGAGUCUGGACGACCAGGAGGAGAGGGCGGAGCUUCAGAAAGCACUCGGACCCUCAGCCAAGGUGCUUGUUCUGAGGAAUCAUGGUGUGGUGGCUUUAGGAGAAACCAUUGAAGAGGCUUUCCACUACAUUUACAACGCCCAGUUUGCCUGUGAGAUCCAGGUGAACGCGUUCUCGUGCGCAGGAGGAAUGGAGAACCUCAUCGUGUUGGACCUAGAGAAGUAUAAGAGCAGGACGCAGGGCGUGGCCGAGGCCGGAGUGAGCUUGAGCUCUCCGUACAAGUGGAAAGUGGGAGAGCUCGAGUUCGAGUCGCUCAUGAGGAUGCUCGACAAUCUGGGUUACCGAACAGGCUACACUUACCGCCACCCGGUGGUGCGGGACAAACCGCGGCACAAGAGCGAGGUGGAAAUCCCGGCCACGGUGACGGCGUUCUCGUUUGACGAGCCGCCCGACGCCUCCCGCCUCCAUCUCCGCCUCCUGCAGCAGCGGCAGCAGAGGGAGAAAACACGCUGGCUCAACUCGCCCAACUGCUACACCAAGAUCAACGUGGCGGACGGCGGCGGUGGCGCCGAAGAGAACGGACGCAUCAGGACCAUGUGGAUGAGGUCUGAAGAGGGCAGCAGCAGCAGUGGGACUCCGAUCCGCAUCGAGGACCCGAACCAGUUCGUCCCUCUGAACACCAACCCCAGCGAGGUUCUCCAGAAGAGGAAUAAAAUCCGAGAGCAGAAUCGCUACGACAUGACGUCCGCUGGCCCGCAGUCUCAGCUCCUGGCUGGCAUCGUUGUGGAGAGACCGCCGCCAUACACAGGUGGGGACGAGGACGAGACCGAGCCGCUGCCACCCAACCCCUUCAGCGAGCUCAGCGAGAACGAUCUGGACGAUUACAAACGACAAGUGGAGCGCCAACAGCUGGGGCUCGACGAGGAGGAGCAGGAUCAGCUAACGUCUGACGACGCUUCCACGCUCUCACCAUCUGCCUCUCAAACUCAGUCCCCACAACACACACCUGCUAAAGAAGAGAACCACACGAAUGCUCUGCUGAAUGGCAAAGGCACGCACGAUGAUGAAGAAGAGGAGCUGAUGAAGCGCGUGGAGAGCGUGGAGAUCACGAGCGAGAAGAUCGAGGAGGUGCUCUCGCCCGAGAGCUCGCCCUCCAAAUCGCCCGGCAAGAAGAAGAAGAAAUUCCGAACGCCGUCGUUCCUCAAGAAGAAUAAGAAGAAAGAGAAGAUGGAGGCCUGAAUGACGAGAAGGGAGAGGAAGAGCAGGCGGAGACGCAACCUGUCUGCUGUCCAUCUGUCUGUCCACCCGUCUGUCUGUUUACCCGUCGUUUUUACAUUUGUUUUAAAGAUUUUUGAUUUUAUUAGAUUUUUUUUUUU